UUCCUGUAGAUGAGAUGAUAGUAAAUAAAAACACUUUGAUUGUUUUCUUUAUGUUUUAUUAGUUUCAAACAUAUAGUAAUUUGCAUAAAAUGCUACUUUUCAAAAUGUAUGAGUGAUGGGGUUUGUAUUUCUGGUUUGUGGGUGGUUUUUUUCCCCUUCCUUCUCUACUUCUCUCCUGAUAGGGGAGAGAAAGAAGGUAUCAAAUUGGGGCUUCUUUACUGUGAUCUAUAGCUGGUAGCUUUGGCUUUUUUUUCUUUUCCUGCCUGGUAUGUAAGAUAGAACUCCUCUCAAAUGUGACUGCUCAGAGAUCCUCUUAAUCCUGCAUCAUAUGAGAUAUAACUUACAGACUAUUUCUCAAAGAGAUACAAAUUAGUAAAACUAGAUAUUUGUAGGUCUUAAGCUAUGAUUGAUGUGACUGUUGUUAAGCUGCAAUGUUAGUCAAAUGAGUUUGUGCUCUUGACUUGUAACUGCUCCACCUCUCUUGCCUUUCAGUUGUCUCUGACUCUGCUAUGUCUUCUGAGAAGCAAAUAAAUGAUUCUUCCCUAGAGAACCAGGAACAGGAGCAACAGAAUCUCUUGAGGCGGGUGGCCAGUCUGCCCUUGGUCAGCUCUGCCUAUGACAUGGCUGCAACUGCCUACGCCUCCACCAAGGAGAGCCACCCCUACCUAAAGUCCUUGUGUGAUGUGGCAGAGAAAGGAGUGAAGACCAUUAGUGACGCUGCAGCCAGCAGGGCACAGCCAAUUCUGACUUCAUUUGAACCACAGAUUGCAGCAGCAAAUGAAUAUGCGGUUAAGGGACUAGGCACACUGGAAGAAAAGCUGCCAAGCCUUCAAAUUACAGCAGAUAAGGCUGCUUCAGACACCAAGGAGCUGGUGCCAUCCAAAGUGGAAGCUUGCUGCAAAUUCUCCAGCUUAGUAGAUGUGACCAGAGAUGCUGUGCAAGAGAGUAUGGAGUCCACCAAGUCGGUUAUGACCCACAGUGUGAACACAGUCAUGGGCUCAAGAAUGGGCCAGAUGGCUGUGAGUGGUGUGGAAGCAGUGCUGGAGAAAUCAGAGGAGCUGAUAGAUCAAUAUCUCCCCAUAACAGAUGAGGAACUAGCUGAACUUGCAACAUCUAUAAAGGAGGAUGGAGUGGCUCCUCUCCAGCCUCAAAGUUACUUUGUGCGCUUAGGCUCCCUGUCAAGCAAACUCCGCCACCGUGCCUACCAGCAUUCUUUAGCCAAGAUUAAAAAUACCAGGCAGAGUAUCCAAGAGACUCUCUCCCAGCUUCAUCAAUCCAUUGAUCUGAUUGAAUACAUGAAGCAAGGAGUGGAUCAGAAGCUUCAAGAUGGCCACGAGAAGCUCCACCAAAUGUGGCUGGACUGGAGCAAGAGGCAGACAGGAGGGAGUGAGGACACAGACUUGGUACAAGCUGAGCAACUGGAGUCUCAUGCUCUGACAAUGUUUCAGAGCAUUAUACAGCAGCUGCAGGCAACCUGCCUGACCCUAAUGUCAAGCAUCCAAGGCUUCCCCUCCAACAUCCAGGAUAAGGUGCAGCAGGUUCGCCACAGCACAAAAGAGCUCCAGGCUUCUUUCUCCACAGUCCACUCCUUCCAAGACCUCUCCAGCAGAAUCCUGACCCAGAGCCGCAAACAGGUCACCAAAGCUCAGGGCUACAUGGAUGAGCUGCUAGAGUACAUAGUGCACAACACUCCUCUGUCCUGGCUAGUGGGCCCCUUCAUGCUGUCUGGUAAAAUUCCAGAAGAAGCCAUGGAUCCAUCAGAGUGAGGGUGGGGAAGACUAACUGGCUUCCAUAAUUGGCUCUGUCAAACUUACUGCAACUCACUUGUAGAGGACUGAAUUUUCCUUUACACUUUUUGUAGUGAUUAAGAAAUAAGGUCUGAAAGCUUAAACCUUUGUGCAGCCACCUCCUGACAUUAGAUUGAAUUGCUUGUUCUUGUAGGGAAAUGAAGCUGCUUGCAGCUCCUGGCUCAAACAUUCUUCACCACAAUCCUAGAGAGGCACUUUCUCCCCGGAAGCAUAGGGUAGAACUCAAUCUCACAUCUUGCAUGGGCUGCAUGCUACCUGGGGCUGAGCUAAGAUAAAAACAAUAAUUGAUUUUGCUUUCUAAAUAGCAAUGUUGUCACCAGCAGUAUCUCUUUAAAAUGAGAGUGAAGUAUGAAUGUAAAACAAUACAUAAGCUGCAUACUACACUCCAGGAACUCAACAACCUACAUCUAGAAUACUCCCCACAAUCUUCAAGUAGUGGCUGAGAACUAGGUUACUUCUGGUGAAAGCUGUUUUUUGCCACAGGUGAGGUAGACUUCUCCAACUUGGAGAAGUUCUUGCUAGACCUCUAAGACUUCCUCCUUAAAGCAGGGAGAAAUGGUACUAAAUACACCUUCAGCUCUAGGUGUCUCAUGUGGCUUGCUGAACAAGUCCAUUGACAUACACAUGCACUAGAAAGGCCAUGGGGGGGGGGUGGUGGGGAGCAUAAACACACUGUUACUCAGAUGACUGUAACCAGUGUACUGGUGACUACCUUUACGCUUGUUUUGGUAACUGGCUUGCUCAUAUUCCGUUGUCACUUCUCCUCAAAUUGCUGUAGUAGAGAA